CAACUGUCAUCAGCGAAAACAAUGGCGACAAAAAAAAGGAAAGGGAGCAAAAAUUUUCGUUGUAUGAUUGUCUUAUCCUCUGUAAUUUGAUGGCAGAAGAUUGUGGAUUAAACGGAUUGAGCAACCAUGAACUUCUUAAACACAUAUUUACUGAAGGAAUAACAAGCCAAACAAAAAAGAAGAUGUGGGCAAGAGUGUCAGACCUGUAUAAUGUCAAAGCAAGCAAGACGAGAUCAGCUAACAAGCUUGAAAAAAAGUGGCUCAACCUAGUGGCCAAGCAUCGCAUUAUCUACACGGAUUACGUGAGAGACCGUGCACUGACUGGAGGAGGUUGUUUGCAAAAAAAUCUCGACAUCGUGACAGAGGCGAUCAUGAACGUCAUAGGCAUUGAGUCGCCUUCAAUCGCUGGUGCUGCAGGUGUGGCACUUGACUCCAGCUUCAGUCAGUUGGAGUCUUUAUCAGCUGUAGCAAUACCUUCCCAUGCACAAUACUUGAAAGUGGUUGCAGGGCCAAGUCAAACGGUGGAUUAUGGUAGCAGAUGUCAUUGCAGCUGUCACGGAAAUGACCAACUUCAGGAGAUGUCUAUGGAGCAACUGAAAAGAAAAAAGAUCAUUCUGGAAAUUAAGCUGUUAGCGCAAAGGCUGCAGUCACAAUGAAUGUUGUUUUUUAAUGUUAACUUUUAUUUUUGUUAUCAAAAUUCUUAGUCCAUAAAAAAAUUAAAUACUUUUUAAAAUAGCAUUUGUUUUCAUGAAAAUUUAAUACAUUUUUUAUACAGAAAACAAGUUUGAAAGCAUGAAAUGCGUAAAUAUUUAUUAUGUUUGAAAAAACUUUUACAGUAUACAAUAAUAUAUAGACUCUUUUAAAAAUCACAUUUUUAAACACGCAGCCCAUUCUGAAUGUCAUGGUAAGGUACUUUCUGCUGCAUGUUAUCUGGUAUAUCAUCCCCAAUCAUUGGAAUGUUCUUUUCAAAUGUUAUGCAAAUCUCCACAUGCCAUGAUAACUCUGUAAAAAUGACAUUACUUAACACUACAUAUAGCAGUGUAUUAUUAUUAUGUUGUUAUUUCAUUUCAAAUAAAUGUGAUAUAUAUAGCUAUCAGCUAUGUCUCUCGGCCCCAAAACCUGUAUAAUCAGCUAUGUCUCAUUCAGCACACAUUUUAUAUACUUGUUUUGGCUUUAACAGAUGUAAAUGAACACACAUUUUUAAGACUUGUUUUGGCUUUAUCAGAUGUAAAUGAACACACAUUUUUAAGACUUGUUUUGUCUUUAUCAGAUGUAAAUGGACACACAUUUUCAAGACUUGUUUUGUCUUUAUCAGAUGUAAAUGGACACACAUUUUUAAUACUUGUUUUGUCUUUAUCAGAUGUAAAUGGACACACAUUUUUAAGACUUGUUUUGUCUUAAUCAGAUGUAAAUAAACACACAUUUUAUAGACUUGUUUUGUCUUUAUCAGAUGUAAAUGACACACAUUUUUAAGACUUGUUUUGUCUUUAUCAGAUGUAAAUGGACACACAUUUUAAGACUUGUUUUGUCUUUAUCAGAUGUAAAUGAACACACAUUUUAUAGACUUGUUUUGUCUUUAUCAAAUGUAAAUGAACACACAUUUUUAAGACUUGUUUUGUCUAUGUCCAUACCUUAGUUAAAAUAUGUUUGUGAUACAAAAUCCCUAUAUCAAAGCCCAUUCUGUAUGCCAUGAUAAGGUACUUCUUGCUGCAUGUUGUCUGGUAUAUCAUCCCCAAUCAUUGGAAUGUUCAUGUCUUUGCAUAUGUUAUGCAACACUCCACAUGCCACGAUAACUCUGUAAAAAUGACAUUAAUUAACACUACAUAUAAAAGUGUAUUAUGACUAUGUUUUCAUUUUAUUUCAAAUAAAUGUGAUGUUUAUGUUAAAUCAUCAUUUGUAUCAUUGUAAAUUUGUAAUAACCAAAGGAUCACACCUUAUAGAUAACACUACAUAGUGAACCAUGCUAUAUUUAUGGUAUUGGUAAUGAUGAUUAAGGUAUACAUAACUAAAUAAUGUUUUUUUUAAUCAUAUCAUUUGUUUACAUUAUUCAAUGUUUUUUUGUUUUUUUUGGCAAUACAUUAAUUACUUACUGGCAAGCCUUUUCAGGUUUCAAACGAAUUUCGCCAUGCAGCACUACCCAUCUUCUGUUCAGUUGGCCUAUUCCUCUUUCGACUUUUGAUCUUAUUUUGUGAGCUCUGUGACAUCAAAUAUACAUUUAAUAAAAUCCAGUAAAAUUAUUUUUCUGAUCAUACUUUUUAAAUUACAAUCAUUGUGUGAUAUUAUUGCACUAAAUAAAUACUUAAUUUAUUAUUGCUUGUAUUAAAACACCUCAUUACAUAAACAUCUUAUAUUUUGCCAUGGAUUAAGUUUUUAACAUACAUACAAAAACACUCACCAUAACCUGUUAUUGUUUUAUUUCACAAUAUAUUUGAAAUAUGUUUUCGUGUUUUUCUAAUAAAUAUUGUGAACAGUGAA